CGGGACCGUCCCGUCCCGGCCGGAGGCGCCGGUAGUGACCGAGUCGGCCCGGCCCGGGUCCCUCCCGGGCCGCCGGCCCCAUGGAGACCGGCACCACCAUGGACUUCCAGGCGGACGCGCUCUCUGCCCCCGGUGGCGGCAGCGAUGAGAGCGCGGAGCCGCGGGCCAUGGACACGGAGGACGGACCGGACGCCCCUGAGCGCUGUGGGGGCGGCGGGCGGCCGGAGGAGCCCUCCCGUACCGCCCCGCAGCCCGACAGCGGCUCCGGGCCGGAGGGGCCGGGGCCCGCCGCAGCCCCGGAGCUCGCGGGAGGCGCGGGAGGACGGACCGAGCUGUGCCGGGGCUCGGGAAGGGCGAUGGAAGCGGAGGCGGUGCCCGAGGUGCCGCAGGGCUCUGCCCGCUGGCAGCCCGGCGCCGGGAGCGCCCCUCGAGGCACGGGGCGCCCCCGGACCCCCAGCAGCGCCGACCCCGCGGGCAUGGAGCUGGAUGAGAGCCCCGAGCCCCGCCCCGCACCGAGGGCCGAGUGGACCGAGGAUGUGGAGGACGAGCCCUCGGAGAUCCAAGGGCUGCUGGCUCAGCUUGAGACCCUCGACCCCAACCUCCGUGACUGCCCGUCCGCCCCAGAGCAGGGCUCGCCAUCCUCCUCGGGCGCUGGUGCCCGGCGGGGCCGCGGGCAGUGCCCGGGCAGGUGCGGGCCGUGCCCGCUGCACGUGGCCACGGGCCGGGGCCUGGCGACGCGUCCCUGCUGCCCGCGGCACUCCGCCUGCGACCGGCCCUGCCACGGGCUGCUCUUCGCCGAGGCUGACCGGGAGGACUUGCUGAGCCUCCUGUGCUACGAGGGGGGGCUGCCCGAGGCUGGUGCCGAGACCCCCUUGGCCCACUCCGAUGUCCUGGCUGGGACCAACCUGGAGAUGCUGCAGGUGCAGGAGGAACCAGCCACUGUGGAGAAGCCUGAAGGGCUGGGAAGGCCAGAGAGCUCAGAGGAGGAACCUUCUGGCAGCUGGUGUUACGGAGAGGGGCUUUGCGAGGACGAUUCUGCCUGCGAGGGUGCUCGGGAAGGUUCCCCGGAGCCGGCGUGGGCAGCCCUGCCUUCCGGUCUGGUGCCCGGGAUGGAGCAGCCACCUCAGGGCGCUGUGACCAACAGGGAAUCCCCAUCAUCCUGCCCAGCCUUCAAAGAGGUUCCAGGCCCUUGUGACCCAGAGGACUUGCUGGAUGGUGUGAUUUUUGGGGCCAAGUACCUGGGCUCCACGCAGCUGGCCUCAGAGAGGAAUCCCCCGACCAGCGUCCGCAUGGCACAGGCCCAGGAGGCCGUGGACAGGAUCAAGGCACCCGAGGGGGAGUCCCAGCCCAUGACAGAGGUGGAUCUGUUUGUCUCCACACAGAGGAUCAAGGUGCUCACUGCUGACACUCAGGAGGCCAUGAUGGACCACUCCCUCCAGACCAUCUCCUACAUUGCCGACAUUGGCUCCCUCGUGGUGCUCAUGGCGCGCCGGAAGCUGCCGCGGCGCUCGGAGGUGGCGGAGGAGAAGCGGCUCUACAAGAUGAUCUGCCACGUCUUCCACUCGCCUGAUGCCCAGGUCAUCGCCCAGGCCAUCGGGCAGGCGUUCGGUGUGGCCUACCAGCGCUUUCUGGAGGCCAACAGCAUCGACCCCAGCCAGCUGAGCCCGCGCCAGUACGGCCGUGCCCUGGAGGACCAGGAGCAGUACAACACAGAGCUGACCCACUUCUCCCGGCAGGAGAACUGCAAGGACGUGUGCAUCCGGAAGCAGAAGGGGGAGAUCUUGGGCAUCGCCAUUGUGGAGUCGGGCUGGGGCUCCAUCCUGCCCACCGUGGUCAUCGCCAACCUGAUGCACGGGGGCCCCGCGGAGCGGUCGGGCGAGCUGAGCAUCGGGGACCGCCUCAUGUCGGUCAACGGGACCAGCCUGGUGGGGCUGCCCCUGGGCACCUGCCAGAGCAUCAUCCGGGAGCUGAAACACCAGACCGAGGUGACACUGAACAUUGUGCACUGUCCCCCUGUCACCACGGCUGUCAUCCGACGCCCCGACUCCAAGUACCAGCUGGGCUUCUGUGUUGAGAAUGGUGUGAUCUGCAGCCUGAUGCGCGGGGGCAUCGCGGAGCGGGGUGGCAUCCGCGUGGGGCACCGCAUCAUCGAGAUCAACGGGCAGAGCGUGGUGGCCACGCCACACGAGAAGAUCAUCCAGAUCCUCACCGAGGCGGUCAGCGAGGUGCACAUCAAGACCAUGCCAGCCUCCACGUACCGUCUGCUGACAGGGCAGGAGCAGCCCCUCUUCCUCUGAGUCACCGUGCCUGGGGCAGGCAGGAGCGAGCCCGGGGCUGCAGGGGCAGGACUGGCUCUGCCUUCGGCCCCAGCCCUGCAGCAGAGCCCUCAGCAGGGCCUAAGACUGCACCUCUUUUGUUUUACUCAGGACACAGUGGGGCACUGGGGGCUGAUACCCAGUGCAUGAGCAGCAUCAAGGCCUGUGGUGCCACGCUUUGGGCACCUCUCCCACUCCAAUUACCUCUCCUCACCUCACAGUGCCUGCACAGUGCCUGUCCUGCUGCUGCACAGGGUCCCUCACCUUGGCCUUGUGCUAGUGGGAGGAGAGAGGGCCCUAUGUGAAAGUUCUCCCCAUCUAGUCAUUGACUAUUGUACUUUUACACUCACCAACAGUGCCUUUCUCAAGGUGGGGAUGGUGCUGGAAGCACAGCUCAACUCCAGAGCUCAGCUAGCACAGCCCCAGAGUAGCACUGACCCCACACAGCCAUGUGUGGGUGCACACUGGCACCCCUGAGGGAUACCCAGCAACUCCCAGACUUGGCCUUAAGGGCAGAAGCACUCUUGGCACCUCCUCUACUCCCAUGGCUUGGCCAGAGGCCUGUUGGGAUGCAAACUCUCCGUUAGACACAUUGCACCAAGCUGGGAACCGGCCUCAGCUUUUCCCUGGUGCUGCCUUUUAUUGCUCUGCAUGAACAGCCCAGCCCAGUGCCACAGCCCUUGGAGCAGCAGAAGGGAACAUGGCAUUGCCCAGCCCCACAGCCCAGGAGUUUGGGGCUGUGAGCCUUUUUGUGAACAGCUCUAGGCUCCCAGGGCCGCAGCAGUGCUGACCUGGCUGUUCCUGUGUGCUUGGUUGCUCUAAAAAUAAAAAUUUUGGGAAA